CUGGGGCUUAAAGCCAAGAGCGAGUGAAUUCUGUGCAAGUCCUUGCUGACUGGGGCAUUGCGAGCUCAACGGUGCAGAGCUGAGGGAGAGGAGUAGACCGAGGCAGAGAAGAGGAGAAUACCACGACGGAGCCAUGGAGAAUCAAUUCAAGUAUGAGGAUUAUAAGGAAACUGCUGAGUGGCUUUUAUCCCAUACUAAAUUUCGACCAGAAAUUGCAGUGAUCUGUGGUUCUGGAUUGGGGGGAUUGGCGGAUAGACUGACCAAAUUCCAGGCCUUUGACUACAGUGAGAUACCCAACUUCCCUGAAAGCACAGUACCAGGGCACGCAGGGCGGCUGGUAUUCGGAUAUUUAAGUGACAAAUGCUGUGUUAUGAUGCAGGGCCGAUUCCACUCAUAUGAAGGUUACCCACUCUGGAAGGUAGCAUUCCCUGUGAGGGUUUUCCGACUUAUGAAUGUGCACACUUUAAUUGUUACCAAUGCUGCUGGUGGACUGAACCCUGAAUAUGAAGUUGGGGAUAUUAUGCUGAUCCGAGAUCAUAUCAACUUGGCUGGCCUCAGUGGCCAAAAUCCACUCAGAGGCCCCAAUGAUGAGAGGUUUGGAGAAAGGUUUCCUCCCAUGUCUGAUGCCUACGACAGGAUUCUGAGACAGAAGGCCCAUUGCAUAUGGGAGGAAAUGGAACAGGAACGACCACUGCAGGAAGGAACCUAUGUUAUGGUGGGAGGGCCCAACUUUGAAACCAUUGCAGAGUGUCGGUUUCUGCAGAAAGUAGGAGCUGAUGCUGUUGGCAUGAGUACUGUGCCAGAGGUGAUAGUGGCCAGGCAUUGUGGCAUGCGAGUCUUUGGAUUCUCCCUCAUUACGAACAAAUCAGUAUUGGAUUAUGAAAGCCAGGAGACAGCCAAUCAUGAAGAGGUGCUGGCAGCUGGGCGCCUGGCUGCCAAGAAGUUGGAGAAAUUUGUCUGUACUCUUGUGGAAAACAUGCAGCCACCUUCGGAGAAGACUUUUUGACCCACAGGCUGCCUGGCCUCUCCUUUCCCUGAUGCCCACUUUGCAUUCUGGCUUUGCCUCCUUGCUUGAGCCAUUUUCUGCCCUGAGGUUGUGACAGAGAAAUGAGAAAUAUUGGUAUUCCACCUCCUUGGAAUAUUCGCUUAUCCUUUCAAGCCCUUCCUAAUGGCACCUAAUUCUCUUUUAUUCCAUUGGUCCCUUCCCCACCAUGGAAAGCUGGAUCAUUCCAUUGUAGCUCCCAACCAUAGCCAACAUCCCAACAUCCUUCAUUCCACCCCUAGUAGACUUGUCUAGGGAUUAAAUCCACUUUGCACUAAGGAUGCUGCUAAUAUUUUGAAAAGACUACUCAUACAUUCCCAAGGCCUCACCCUGCUAUCCUAUGACUUCUGAGGCCCUUUGUGGUCCAGACCAGUGUAUACUGCAAAUUUAGUACUAUGUGGGAAUAAAAAGACAGUUAGAAAUGU